AAUCCCUAUCCUGCAGACCCAUUGAAUCCCAUCCUGCAGACCCAUUGAAUCCCUAUCCUGCAGACCCAUUAUCCUUCGAUCAUCACAACUUGUUUCAUUUCACAGUGCCACCAUGAACAAGAUAACCCUCUAUUAUGCCUGUGGAUUUUGUGGUUUUUGUUUUGGUUUUGUGUUUCCGCUUUGUCUAGAUCUUCGAAUACCAUUUUCAAUAUCAGAUGAUGUAUAUGUCAAAUAUAGAUACCAUAUUUUCUUUCAUAGCUAUGACUUGAAGGCACUGGAUGUGUAAAAAAAGAAAAAAAACAGGCUGGCCCGUUUGGUAAUGGGACACAUGUAACAGGGAGGAGGCUAGGAUUACUAAUAUUGUACUACUAUCUUCCAUAACCAACACCUGGAUUGCCUAAGCUUUUGACUUGAACAAUAAUAUUGUAAAUGGCAUAGGCUGGUUAUAGCUAACACAGUCAUUGAAAAAAGAACUCUACAUACAUUGUAGUGUACUUUAACGAUAUGUUUUAGGAUAUGACAUCUGUGAGAAAGAAAAUUACAAUUUUUUUCUUUACAACUCAUAGGAUCCGGGUCUAUCCAUCUUUCACUAGACUUUUCCCAUUACCAAGUCCAUAUACCGACACGAAUGUUAGAUAUGAGGCGACUUUUAAUUGGAUAAUUUAUUACACAUAAUGAUUUAUUCAAAUUCAUUGGUUCUCAUUUCAUUUUCAGUUAUCUGAUUGGCCAAAUUAGUACGUGUAAAACUUAGAAUUACAACACGUACUAAAGUCAGGUGAGAACGUGUCCUAAAUAUUGGAAACGUCAAUAAAAGCAUUUUUGACGUGGACGACUUUCCAUAGGCAUGCAGCUACCGACACCAACAAUAAGACCCUAAACCCUAAUCUGCAAGCAUUUACGGGAGCUGCUGUAACUCAAGCUCAGUAUACAUUAGGUCUAAAAACAAAAAUCCUACCCAUCUUCCUUAAUUAUCAGAUAAAGGUGUGGUGUUGUUUUAUGGUUCGUGUUAAACAGUGUUACACUGUGUAUUGCGCUUGCCCGGGGCAUUCCCUGAGUAUCACCGUGAUGUGUUAUUAUUUAUACUGCAUUGGGCUGCUCGUUUACUCAACAGGGUGUGAGUUUGAAUUAUCCAAUGUUUCAAAAGAAAAUUACUUCCAAAUAAACCGAAAAUGUGUUACAGUACAUAUACAGGGUGAUUAGAAAGUAAUCUCACCACAUCAACACACCAUAUUACUGAUGUGGUAAACAUACUUUCUAAUUGCCCUGUAUAUUGUCCGAUAUCCACCGCCAGAACGGAUUACAAAAAAAUAUAUUAUGUUUGCGUACAGCCAAUAAAACAGAGCAUAGGCUGGAACCGGUGGCCACAGUCGAGCGUCUUUAUAUAUUUAUAUAUUAAACCCCAUAAAAAAACAAAAAAAAAACAAACAAACAAACAAAAAAAAAAAAAACCUUAACACAGUUAAAAAUUGCUCCCGGUGUCAUGUUAUUUUUAGGUGCGAGUUAAAAAGUGGUACUCAGCGCACUGCGCUUGCUCACGCAUGCCUGAACAAGUUCCCUAAGAUAGCAGUGAAGUGCCCAUUCAAAUUUCAUACCUUAUGCUGUUUUUGGCCUUUUACAUCUUUUAAAUUGAAUGUAUCGUAUUUUCCAGUCUUUUGCAUCGUUGUUAAUGUAAUUUAUUACAUGUUUCCACCAUUAACAGAAUGGCGUGUGAAUACUUCUCAUAUGCAUUACACUGAGUCUUGUUUAUUUUUUUAUACGGGUGCAACUUUGCGGUGGACUUUUAGCUUUUAUAGAAAUUGAUUUUCUGUUUCCAGUUUAAAUUUGCAAAAAAAAAAAAAAAAAAAAAAAAAAUAAACAAUGGUAAAUUUACUGACAAUAGAAAAACACCCGGCAGAUCGCAAUCAGUGUGACAUACCACUAUCUGACGGUACAUGGGUCAAGUUUUUGGCGCGCGUACCGCAUUCUAACAAUAACCAAUAUAAUCUACAGAUGCACUCUGCCUAAAGGCAAAUACCUUAACAGGUACGUACUUCGCAGUAUUUACGGUUAUUUUGCACACUUAAAGGCAGGCUGCACAGUGGGCGCUGUUAGGUGAUCUCACUCGGGAUUGGUGCAGUGUUGACGUGUUAUUCAGGUGGUAGUGUAGGCAGCAAUUAGAAUACACUCGUCUCAGAGAGAUAAACACUGUUUGUAAACAUUAACAGCAAAACAGCAUUGUUUUCAGAAAGUGCACUGUACUGCAGAUUGGCGUAAUCCUGCUUCAUUUGGUUACUUGAACUAACAUUUGGCAGGAUCACUGGGUGCAGUAUGGCACUUGAAGCUGAGGGAGAGAAAAGGGUUGGCGGUGCACAUGAGAGUGAGAUGACUGAGGAGAGCUUUCUGCAGGAGCUGUACCAUUUCAUGAGGAGCCACGAGACCCCCAUCGAGAAGAUCCCACACCUUGGCUUCAAACAGAUCGACCUUUUUGUCAUGUACCAGACUGUCCAGAGCUUCGGAGGAUACGACGAGGUGACGAAACACCAGCUCUGGAAGCAGGUGUACAAUAAACUGGGAGGAAACCCUCGCAGCACAAGCGCAGCCACCUGCACCCGACGGCACUACGAGAAACUGAUUCUUCCGUUCGAGCGACACCUCCUGGGGGGGGGGAGCCUUGCUCUGUCCCAGCACAGGCCUCAGAAACGGUCCUGGAGUGGGAGUUUAGCAGAGAGGGAGGAGGAGUCGGCUGAGCUGAAGAUGGCAAAGCACAGACUGCAACAGCAGAGUCUGAGAUUCUGCCAGCCCAGCGCUGCAGUGCGAGAGAAACACCAGGAUUCGGUUCCUAACAGCCAGGUGAGGCUAGUCUCCUUGCCAGUAGCUGAGCAGAUGAGACAAUACUACAAGCUGAACCCUUCACUGACCAGAUGCCAGCCUGGCACUUUGCUGACUGUCCCUAGGCAGAGGCAUUACCAGCCUGCGAUGCAGCCAGAAGAACCUGCUGAAGGACCCAAGCAACAGCCGGUGCUGCUCAGGCACCUUGCCCAGGAGUACACACAUUCAUCAUGCUGGGCUGAACCCUUGAACCUCAGUCUGAAACCCCAGAACACAGCAGCUGCGAGCAAACCAGACCAGCCCUUAUCUUUGACCCCAGAGCCCAACGGCAAAGUGCCCAAAUUCUUAAACACAGUUUCGCCACUGUACGCUUCCUGGAACUCUACAAAGGAAGAUGCACAUGGAAUGUUAUCUCCACUCAAGGAUCCUGACCCUAUAGUUGGACAGUCUUUUGCCUUACAGGAGGAGGUGUCUGUGAUUGACCUGAUGAGGUCUCCUUGUUCAGUUUCUGCAGGUGGUUCUGCAUCAAAACUACCUAGCCCCAAUGGACAAGCUCCACAGGACCGAAGCUGCAGCAUUCCCAGUUCCCUGGCAAUAAGGGGAAGCAAUAGCGAAGCCAUUCAGGGUUCUGUUAGUGAGCCUUGUAAAUCCCAUUUGGGGCCUCUGAAUCCUCAGGCCACAACUAACAAAAUGGAGAUCCAGAUUCCCUUUUCGCUGUUGCAGAGCUGGUUCAGGAGCCUGAAAGACAAGCCAGGCUCCAUUGUCUCACCUAACAGUUGUAGGGCACCAUCUGCAUAUGAAGACCCUGGCGAUGUUGGCAGGGGAUCAGUGCCCAGUGUGGAUAUGACAGCCAGGCCACUGGAGAAUGCCAAUGAUCAGCAUUUCCAGAGGCCUUAUAGGGGCCAAAGGAGCCCUGAAGAUGAUCAGAUCUGGAGGAAUCAGCUGCGACAGCUCUCCAGAGAGACUGAGUCAAGGAGGUAUUUAUACCCCUUAGAUCCUGCCAGCGCAAGCCAUCUCAUUGCCUCAGAGACCAGCCUGAGCGGGCAUCCCAGGUACACCUGUGUCAACGGCCAGAUGAUUCCCAUGGGAUUGAAAGUGAAAGAGUGGGAAGACAUGUCUGACUGUCACAGCGAUGUAAAGACAGUCCCUGAUGCCAUCGUGCCUUCGUCUGGCUCACCUGGCAUAUCUCACAUCGCACAGUGUGAUUCAAUUAGAAGAGUGUAUGGUCAACAAAAGCACAAAGAAGACCUCAAGCAUUAUUCUUUUGAGGACAGACCCCUGCAAAGACCUUGCAAUGAUGACAAAAACUUGGUGCUAGGUGGCAGCAGCCACUGCCCUCCCUAUACUCAAGGCUACCAAGUGACCAGGCACCCCUCCAGUAUUGGUCAUGUACCAGAACUACAGGUGGAGGCUGCGGGGUCUAGGUCACUAGCCGAUGGCAUCGGUAGUUCACCUUUAACCUCUUCUGGAGGGCAUGUGAUAACAGCAUCAGCCCUGCAUCAGGUCUUGCUAAUGAAGCAAGCCUCCCCCACAGCACUCUCACUGACACGUGAUGAAUAUCUAAAACUACGGAGACUCAUACCCAGCUCCCCGUAGUACUGAAUCAGGCUGUACUGUAUAUUGUAUUGAUUGUUCUAGUGUCUGGAUCAUCUGUGUCCCGGAUAUUUGUUCAACAUAAUCCCAAUUGUUUUUAUAUUUGUAUUCACACGUCAUAGGUAAAUUACUUUUUUUCAACUUCAACUUGGGUAUAAGAGAAAUUCUCUUUCCCGUGGCCUACGAUCUGGAGUAAAUGUUGAGAUAUGAGUUGCUUUGAUAUACGACCCCAAGAGGUUUGAUAACAAAUUUCAAAGGAGUCGGCAAUAUGUUUAAAAUAAAACACUGCGAUACAGACAACAUGGGACACAACGCAAGUGCAGGUGUAUCUUAAAUUUAAAAAAGGGUUGAGUAAUUCAUGUUUUAAUCCAUUUCAUUAAUGCCUAACAACUUCAAAUUUCUUAAAGGUAAUUACUCUGAAAAUACGAGUAUCAGCAUACCCCUAACGUAUAAUAUAAUGGCUUACUACUAUGGUUCACUAUAGCUAAUACAGGGUAAAUAUAACGCUGUCCUGACAUAUUGUACUGUGCAUAUGUAUAGAUAAUGUUCUCGCAAUGUGUUUAAUGUUAAAUAUUUCUAUCUAUUAUUUCAUGAGGUCUGUAUAUAGUUUGCAAAUACUUUAAGCAUUCUUUACUGGCCUGCUUAUGCAUGAAUUGAAGAGGCAUUUGUACCACCUGAUACAUGUAUUCUAUGGGUGAAACAUGAUGUUUUACCAAGAAUGUUGUAUUAGUUAUUGUUUCCUUAUUGGUUUGUCUUUGCCUGUAGCUUGCUGUGUACUGAUAAUAUAACAUCAUGUAAUAAAAUUGUAUGUGUAAAUGA